CUCCAUUAGUUAAUAAGUUAUUUUCAAGAAGGUUCACAAUGAACUACUUCCUAAUCUGCUCUGUACUUCUCCUGCCUUACAGCUUUGCCAUUCCAAUAGCUGCAGAAACAACUACUGAGGUUUGGAAGCUCCUACAGGAUUACCUUGACAGGUUUUUCCCAUCAGUUGAUAAGGCGUCCCACCAUAGCCUGGAAGAACGGGUCAGGGACAUGCAAAAAUUCUUCCAUUUGAAAGUCACAGGGAAAAUGGACAAAGAAACUCUCAAUGUCAUGAAGCAACCUCGGUGUGGAGUACCAGAUGUCGCAGAAAACCGCAGAGGUACAGUAAGAUGGACGAAAAAUGUGCUCACUUACAGGAUUAAUAACUACACCCCAGAUAUGCAGCCAGCUAAGGUGCGUGAGGUGAUAGCUAAAGCCUUCAAGGUAUGGAGUGAUGUCACUCCAUUGCAGUUCAGGAGAACAUCAAGGCCUGCUGAUAUUGAAAUUUGGUUUGCAUAUGGUGCCCAUGGAGAUGGCAACUCUUUUGAUGGAAGAGGAGGAACUUUGGCUCAUGCUUACUUUCCUGCACCAGGCCUAGGAGGAGAUGCUCACUUUGAUGAGAGUGAGCAAUGGUCAGAAUACAACAGAGAGACUAACCUGUUCCUUGUUGCUGCACAUGAAUUUGGCCAUUCCUUGGGACUGGAUCAUUCAAAUGUCCUUGGAGCCCUGAUGUACCCUAACUAUUCCUACAGGAACCCAAAUACCUUCUCUCUUCCAUAUGAUGAUGUGAACAGGAUUCAGAGAUUAUAUGGAAAGAAAAAAUGAACCCCUUGAAGAACUUCAUUAUGUCUUUCAGCAAACAUAAAUUAUUUCUGUUUUGUGCUUGUGAUAUCUAUUUUGGAAGGGAGAAAUAAUAAUAAAGCAAAAUGGAAAA